UCCACUGGUGCCCGGCCUCAGCGGAGCCUUGCAGGAGCAUGGCGGCGUUGGUGAUUUUUCCCUCUCCGCUGCCGCGCCUUCAUGCUUUUCUCCAGCGUUGCUGGGGGCGGUUGGGGCGUGGGGUCUUCCCGGGCUUCUCCGGGCCUCAGAGCCUGCCCUGGGGGCCAGCACUGGCUGUCCAAGCUCCAGCUUUUUUUCCAGAGCCUGUAGAAGAGGCUAGUGAAAGUAAUGAGGCGCCAAGCUUCCUAGAUAGCAUUUUGUGGAUGGCUGCUCCAAAGAAAAGACGCACCAUUGAAGUAAACCGCUGCAGGCGAAGAAAUCCCAAUAAGCUUAUCAAAGUAAAGAGAAAUAUAGAUGUUUGCCCUGAAUGUGGACACUUGAAACAGAAGCAUGUUCUCUGUGGCUAUUGUUAUGCAAAGGUCAAAGCAGAAACUCAACAGAUACGGCUUGAGAUACGUAAAAAGGAAGGAGGACCAUUUAAUGCUCCUACUGUGGAAACUGUAGUUCUUUAUGAUGGAGAAAAGCCUACAGAAAAAGAUGAAGGCAAGCGGAUCAUUGAAAGAGCCAGGAAGCGUCCAUCCUGGUUUAUUCAAAGUUGAUGUUAUAGAACUAAUAUAAACAAAAACAGUUGCUACAGCAGGAAAGAUGGUGCUUUUCAAGACUGUUUUCCUUGUUGUAUUCACUUAAUGCUGAUACGAACCUAUCAAGUUUUGGGAAGUCUGACUGAAACACAUUUCAUUUCAUAUGGGAUUACAGUCAUGUGUUGUUUCCAUAGCAUGCAGUGGUGAAUGCCUCUCAGUGACGCGUAGCAGUCAUAAUUAAAGAGAAGUCAGGAUCUACCGGGAGUUUGGAUAUUUGCUUACUGUAGACAGAAUAAUAUGUUAAUGUUGUAUGCUGUUUUUGUAAAUAACACUUUUUAACAGAGAUAAAACAUUCACGUAUAUAGAAUAAAAUGUAUAAAGAUUCA